GAACAAUCUGCAAUUGAACAUAUAAAUCCGCUUUGCAAGAUUUUACAAUAUGGAGGGGCUUAAGCAGACCUUUGCGAAAUGCAAAAGCGAGAACAGGCCCGCGCUGGUGACCUAUGUCACGGCAGGUUUCCCAACGCCUGGAGAGACGGUCGAUAUUUUACUGGGCAUGGAAGCAGGCGGCGCAGAUGUUAUUGAGUUGGGCCUCCCUUUCACGGACCCCAUUGCAGACGGCCCAACGAUCCAGACAGCAAAUACUCAAGCUCUCAAGAAUGGAGUCACAAUCACCUCGUCGCUCGAGAUGGUGCGGACAGCAAGAAAGAGGGGUCUCAAGGCACCGGUGCUCUUCAUGGGAUACUACAACCCCAUGCUGAGCUAUGGAGAGGAGAGGCUAUUGAAGGAUUGCCGAGAAGCAGGCGUCAAUGGUUUCAUCGUUGUUGAUUUGCCACCCGAGGAGGCCGUGACCUUCAGAGAUUGGUGCGCAAAGGAAGGACUAUCAUACGUUCCCCUCAUUGCUCCAUCCACAUCCGAAAGUCGAAUGAAGCUCCUUUGCAAGCUCGCUGAUUCUUUCGUAUACGUGGUCUCACGAAUGGGCGUUACAGGUGUCACCGGAUCCAUGAACGCUGCUUUACCCGAGCUCUUAGCAAAAGUAAAAAGGUACUCAGGAAAUGUCCCAGCUGCCGUCGGAUUUGGCGUCAGCAGACGCGAUCAAUUCCUCAGUGUCGCACAGAUUGCCGAUGGUGUUGUCAUUGGAAGCCAGAUCAUCACAACCUUGGCCGAGGCCCCUGCUGGACAAGGUGCGAAGGCUGUGGAGGAGUACUGCGCUCAAAUCUGCGGACGGAGGAAUGUUCCCAAUGGUGGUUUGACCGAGGUCGCAAAAGAUGGAAAGACGGUACACGUCGAUGGUAUUGUCCGUGAGGACGGAAAAGGACCCGGGUUGGUAGAUCAGAUUGAGGCUCUGAAUUCCAAGAGCCCCGUAGAUCCAUCAAUUCUGCCAGCACGCUUCGGUGAAUUUGGCGGCCAAUAUGUCCCCGAGUCACUGAUGGACUGCUUGUCUGAGCUCGAAGAAGGCUUCAACAAGAUCAAGGAUGACCCUGCAUUCUGGGAAGAAUACCGAUCAUAUUAUCCUUGGAUGGGACGCCCAGGACAAUUACAUCUGGCUGAAAGACUGACGGAGCACGCUGGCGGUGCAAAUAUCUGGUUGAAGAGAGAGGAUCUGAAUCAUACUGGAAGUCACAAGAUCAACAACGCCUUGGGACAAAUCUUACUUGCUCGCAGAUUAGGGAAGACCGAAAUCAUUGCCGAAACUGGAGCUGGUCAGCAUGGUGUAGCUACUGCUACGGUCUGCGCAAAGUUUGGCAUGAAAUGCACCAUCUAUAUGGGAGCAGAAGAUGUCAGACGACAAGCUCUCAACGUCUUCCGAAUCAAGCUUCUCGGAGCGCAGGUCGUCGCUGUCGAGGCUGGCACUCGAACUCUCCGUGAUGCUGUGAACGAAGCUUUGCGCGCCUGGGUUGUCAAGCUCGACACAACACACUACAUCAUCGGCUCCGCCAUUGGACCACACCCCUUCCCCACCAUCGUCCGGACCUUCCAAUCCGUCAUCGGCAACGAAACCAAAGCCCAGAUGCUCGAGAAGCGCGGCAAGCUCCCCGACGCCGUGGUCGCCUGUGUCGGCGGCGGCAGUAACGCCACCGGCAUGUUCUACCCCUUCUCCAAAGACCCCAGCGUCAAGCUCCUCGGCGUCGAAGCAGGCGGCGACGGGCUCGACACGCUGCGUCACUCCGCCACGCUCACCGGCGGCUCCAAGGGCGUGCUGCACGGCGUCCGCACCUACGUGCUCCAGAACGAGCACGGCCAGAUCUCCGACACGCACUCGGUCUCCGCCGGGCUCGACUACCCGGGCGUCGGGCCCGAGCUCGCGAACUGGAAGGACAACGAGCGCGCCAAGUUCAUCGCGGCCACGGACGCGCAGGCCUUCGCGGGCUUCCGGCUGAUCAGCCAGCUGGAGGGCAUCAUCCCGGCGCUAGAGUCGGCGCACGCUAUCUACGGCGCGCUGGAGCUGGCCAAGACGAUGGAGAAGGGCAAGGAUAUCGUGAUCUGUCUCAGUGGGCGCGGUGACAAGGAUGUGCAGAGCGUGGCGGAUGAGCUGCCGAAGCUGGGGCCGCAGAUUGGGUGGGAUCUGAGAUUCUAG